ACACUCCUCCUGUAGUGUCAGUGAGUCAGCGGCCAUGUCUGUGACGUAGAGUUGAGAGAACUUCAUGGCGGACUCUUUGAUUUGUGACAGCGGGAUACACUGAGAUUAGUCUUCAUCCUGUUUAACCGGACGAUUUAUCUUUGAUUUAACUGAUGUAACAUCUUUGUCUGUGAUGUCACAUUUCUGCACUGGCACUUAAACAUAGGAUUUACACGAACACGUGACACUGAUGCAACAUGCUCACACCGGACUGCGGUCAGACCAGUGAACUUCUGAAGACUGAACUGGGCCUCGAUGACGACACCAUCAGCAGCAUUUGUGACAAGUUCAAGCAGAAGCUUUUCCGUGAGUGUUUUGAUCCUGCAGCAGGACGAUCCAUACAUGAUGUACGAGUGGGUCACUGGGAGGAGAGCCUCCGGGAGACCGUGGGCAGUGUUCCCACACCGUCUCUCGCAGCUCAGUGCUACUUUAUGUGGAAAAACAGUCGGCUGGAAGUUCUCAGUCUGUCCCCUCAAAUACGCGACCUCCUAAAACAAUUUCGCAGCAGAUACAAGCUGCUGCUGCUGACCAACGGGGAAGCUCAGACCCAGAGAGAGAAGGUGCAGACAGCCAAAUGUGAGGAGUUCUUUGAUGCCAUUGUGGUUGGGGGAGAACAUGCAGAGCAGAAACCAUUCCUCUCCAUCUUCACACUGUGUUUCAACAUGCUGGGGGUGGAGGCCCAGGACUGUGUUAUGGUUGGAGACUCUCUGGACACAGAUAUUCAGGGGGGCUUUAAUGCUGGAGUACGGGCCACAGUUUGGAUCAGCAGUACUGGAGGUACAGUGCCAGAGGGCUCAGUGAAACCAGACUACACUGUCCAAACUGUGUUAGAGCUGCCACAUGUACUGGAACAGCUGAAGUAAGAAUCAAAUGGGGACUGGAAGCAUGUGACAUCACCUCAAGUGGGAUCUCGUGGAAACGUUUAGAAUGGAAAUGUUUAAAGAUGAAUGUCACGACCUGGACAACUCUCCUUUAUUUGUUUUUAGCAAUGUGUAGAUGUUUACAUUUGUAAUUACAUGGAGUCCAAAGGGAAAUUUGUCAGCAUAGAUGUCGGCACUCAGGUACCAACUAUCCAUUUAUAAAGUGGUGGAAAGUUAUCAUACUAUUUGCUCAAAUACACAUAAAUAUAAUGUUGUGACACUUGUACUUUACUCAGGAUUGUUCAUGUUCUGCUUCUUUACACAGAAAACACAAGCUUAUCAUAUACUGUAGUUAAAAACUAGUUUUCAAACAGUCAAUGCUUCUUAUGCACCAACAAUGUAAUUGUAUAAAUUUGUCAGUGACAGGGGCCCUUUCAUUCCAGACCAAGCUCUUUGGCUUAAGCUGAUGGUACUUCAAUCAUU